AUUUUUGCUCAAUUAUUGAUGAAGAGUGAAACCUGUAAAAAGUUUAUGCCAUACUGUUAGUUUAAAUACCUCGUAAACAAUGUCAUAGAGUGGUCCGGAAGAUCCCAUAUCUACUUACCAGUGUUCAUUAUUGGAAGGCAAAACAUGGAAGGGACGUUUCAUAGGUGAAAUGAAACCACAUUCACGUGGACUGGUCUCCCAUAUUUCCACCAAGUUCAGUCCAACCAUCUCUCUAUCUCUCUCUUGCUUUGUCACUCUCUCUCACACUAACACUUUUACUGCAUAUAAGCAAGCCAGCAUUCUAAGAAAAGGCACUGAGUUUUCACAAAAGAAAGAAGAAAGAGACACGCACAAACACACAAUUGAAGCCAUGGCUAAGCUUAGAAUUAGUGGUAAGAAAAAGAACAGCAUUGUGAAGCUCAAGAUUAUCAUAGAGAAGCUUCAAAAGAGCCUUUUAUUGGCCAAAAAACCAGCCAAUAUCGACAACAUUGAAGAUGCUAGUGACUCGACCAACGUGCCUGAAGAUGUGAAAGAAGGGCACUUUGCAGUGAUAGCAGUGAAUGAUGACGAACCUAAGAGGUUCGUCAUUCCACUCAGCUAUCUAGCGCAUCCUUCUAUCUUGAGGCUCUUGGAAGAAGCAGCUGAGGAGUAUGGGUUUGAUCAUGAGGGUGUACUCACGCUUCCUUGCCGGCCAAGCAAGUUCGAGCAAAUACUGUCGGGAGACUAACUCCCGAUCGAGUUUAGAGUGAAGAUAUUUUUGGUAUUUCCAUAUUUAUGACAUAUUGUCUUUAUUAUCUCUUGUAUAACUUUUUUUUCCUUUUUAUUAUAAUAAAACCGCAGUGAUGUUGGAUUUACAUUUAAUUUUGGGGUGAAUUACUUAA